CCUAGAACUAUCCCGUGAUAACCUCGCGAUGAUGCAGAGCAUCAAGGUCGAUACCGUAGACACUUCCGAAUUGACAAUCGACGGAUUGACGCCACCCCUCCUCCCGACGGAGAAUGGCUGGCUUACAAACAAGGAUAUCAAGAAGAUCAUGGAUGACGAGCCCCUUCCGAGGCUUCCCCUGAUCCUCGUUCCCAGCCACGAGCUCAUCAUGAAGCCUCCUGUGAUGCACUAUGCGUGGCCUAUUGACGUUGACGGCCUCCUCAUUUUUGCAGAGGAGCGAGGGCUGACUGCUCGUCGCGUCAACGAGGCAGAUCCCUUCCACGAGAACGAAUAUCAGAAACGCGAGGACGAGGAAGCAGAGAAGAACGAAGACGAUGAGGACGAGGACGAAGACGAGGAAGAAGUGGAGGAAGCGAGUGAGGAUACCGACAUCAUACUCACCGAAACCUCUUACAACGCGCUGCGCGUCAUGGCCGAGGAGGCAGGGGCCAAAGUCCCCACUGACUUGCUGAAAGUCGCUGUGGGGGCGCAUAACGCCACGAAGCGCGGAGAGUCGACGAUCGUUUCUUUCUAUACCAACUUCGACCUUCAUCGCACCGAUCUUCCGCUCUUGAACGAGAUCGAGAAGCUUCGCAACGCACUCCGAAUGCAAAACGAAGGGCCACCCAAAUGGUACUUGGAUGCUUCGGAGUACAGGUGGACGCCAUGGGCAGGGCGUUGGUAAAUUUCUUGAAGCCGGUUGUUUACAGCAUACAGCUUCGUCCGUCCCUGCUAGUGUUGUGUCGCCAGUCGAAUCAUCGUGUGUUUCUUUCAUCAUGUAUCACAACUCAAUGACAUACCAUUCUGCUUUGAC